AUGGAGAAUCACGCAUCACAGACGGAAGAUAUUCAGGAGCGGAAGCACAACGACGAAGGGAAACCACACCAGCAAAAUCAGGUUGCCGGAGGCAACCCAUCUGCUAAAAACAACAAGAAGAGGAGGAAGCAGAGAGAAGUGUUUCCAUUUGGAAACUACAGAAACUACUACGGAUACCGUAUUGGUCAAGAGUUGGAUGAAGAUCCUAGGAUUAAGGUCUUAAAGAGGGAGUGGUUUGAGGGGAAAGAUUGUCUCGACAUUGGCUGCAAUAGUGGCAUCAUCACCAUCCAUAUUGCCAAAAAGUAUAGCUGCCGGAGCAUGCUUGGAGUAGAUAUAGACCCCGCCCGUAUUUCUGAUGCAUAUUGGCACUUGAGAAAAUUUUCGAGAGAGCAUUCUGGGAGUAGUAGUACAAAGAUCUCCAAGGAAGAGGUCAAAGAGAAAUUGAAUGCUUCCAUGCUAAUUGCACAUGCAGUACCAGGAGAUGACAAGGAGACCAAGAAAGACUCAUCAUUUUCCAAGACAAGAAAUCUGUUUGAUGUAGUUUCCUUCAGACAAGAAAAUUUUGUUGACAGUCGGCACUCCUAUGAGAAGCAGUAUGAUACUAUUCUAUGUUUGAGUGUAGCAAAGUGGAUUCACCUGAACUGGGAAGAUGAUGGGUUGAUUACCCUAUUUUCUAAAGUGUGGAAACUACUUGUCCCGGGUGGCACUUUUAUAUUGGAGCCACAGCCUUGGGAUUCGUAUAAGAAGAACUACCAAGUCUCCAAGGUAUUUGUUUUUCGUCUUCAAGUAAGCAGGUUCUAUGUUUACAAAUUGUUUCAUCAUGUCAAACUUGAACUUCUUUCUUCUUUGUUCUCGCGAACAAAGCAGUUCUAUGAUAACUACUUUUAUCGUGGUAAACCCCAAUCUUCGGUUUUGGAUGGGAUGUGA